UAAUUCUGAGAGAGUUUUGAGUUCUGUUGUAUUCUGGAAGGAUUUUAAAUCCUUAAGGAAAGUGAAAUCACGCCUCAGAACAAUUCUUUUAUUCUUCUACUAUUUAAUAUUUCUUAACAAUCUUAAGGAUUUAAAAUUCCUUAUGGCUCUUCCUAUAAACUCCAACAUCAAGUUGCUGUAUCUAGAUGCAAUCAGAUUGGAUAGGUUCGAUGGCACCAACUACAUGCGUUGGAAGGAUAAGAUGACUUUCCUACUAACAACACUGAAGGUGUCAUAUGUUCUUGAUCCAAAACUGCAACCUAUCCAAGCACCGAAGGAAAACGAUUCUAAAGGAGUGAAGAAUGCAAGACUGAAGUGUGAAGAAGAUGAACUCAUAUGUCGAGGACACAUUCUGAAUUAUCUCACUGAUAGACUUUAUGAUUUGUAUCGCAACAUGUCUUCUCCUUAAGAAAUCUGGAUUGCUCUGGAAAAGAAAUAUAAGCAUGAAAAGAAAGACGCCCGAGUUUAGUUCUAAUGGCAUGUUAUUUAGCUGAAGAUACAUAAUUAAGCCUGUAAAAGGUCCUGCAUUUCAAUGCUGAUAUCUCUGCUUUGUGAACAUGGUUUACCAUUUGAUCUUGUGUGUAUCUGGCUUAAGCCAUUGACUUUUUUCUUUCUGGUCAAUUAGCCAUUGAUUUUUUGAUUCUUUGGAUUGUAAGGGUUUCUCAAUAAGCCAUUCCAUUUGAUCUUGUGUGUAUCUGGAAGGAAGAUGUUGUAUUGAAAAAGUAGGAAUCUUGUUAGAAGUAGAGGAAAGAAUUCUUGAAUAAGAUAAUGGAGUUGAAGUUACCCUUCUAAUGAGAGUCUAAAUUUUCCUGGUAUUUCCUCAAACUUUUUGGCAAUAAAGUAUGACAUAUUAG